AUGAUAGAUUAUUGGGUAGUGGUGAUAGUGUGUUUUUUGGUUGUCGAUAAGAGUUGGCAUCUAACGGGACUAUUGGCCACGAGAUUAAACUCUCCUAAUAAGGUGAAGCAGUUAAUUCGAGAAAGACAGGAUUUGCAUUUGAAACAACAGAAGCUUAGUGCACAAGAUCAUUAUGCACAGUGGACCAAAAAUAACCGGAAGUUAGAUACGUUGGAUAGGGACGUGGAACAGGCUAAGAAAGAUUAUUUGGAAGGUAUUAAAUCAACGAAAUCCAAGCUGGCAAAGUUGAAAUUCCUGUUGGUUACUGCCCCAUUCACCUUUUUGAAGUUUUAUAAAGGUAAGAUUCAUGUGUCUUCUGUUCCAAAGGGGAUGUUCCCAAGGGUUAUCGAGGGCACUUUGGAACAUGGUUGGUUAUAUGUGGCUUUGGCGCCAAUACAAUCGAAACAAAUCAGUGAAGGUGCUUUUGUGAUGGUAUCGUUAGGAAUUUGGUUAUUCGCUUUAUUAAAAGUGUUAGAUGCCUGUGAAUUUAUUAUUGAUGUACUCAGAGAGUCUAAUCCAGAGUAUGCUUCAGCUACACUAAAGGAUAAGAAUCAGGAUUCCGACAUCGUCAACUAUAAAGAUAUAAUGGAAUCGCUUGAUUGA